AUGUCUGUGAAAUGGACUUCAGCUCUUCUGCUAUUUCAGCUGAGUUGUUACUUUAGCUGUGGGAGUUGUGGAAAGGUGCUGGUGUGGCCCUCGGAGUAUAGUCAUUGGAUGAAUAUGAAGACAAUCUUGGAUGAACUUGUUGAAAGAGGUCACGAAGUGGUUGUUCUGACCCCUUCAAAUUCCAUUUUUUUGGAUCUCAGCAAACCAUCUGCCAUUAAAUUUGAGAUUUUUCCUGUAACUUGGAAAAAAGAGGAUUUUGAGUUUUAUAUCAUGCAGCUUCUUAAUAAAUUGACAUAUGAUACAGAAAAUGACAGUCUUUGGAUAUAUUUUCAAAAAAUACAAGAAUUCUUUCAGAAAUGUUUUGAUAUAGCUGAAAUUCAAGGUAAAGAUAUAUUUUUAAACAAGACUCUAUUGGCAAAACUCCAAGAACCAAGAUUUGAUCUCCUUCUUGCUGAUGCUAUGGCAUUUGGUGGUGACCUGCUGGCAGAGAUGCUUAAAAUACCUUUUGUGCACAUUAUCCGCUUCAUGCCUGGAGAUUUGUUUUCAAGGUAUGGUGGACAACUUCCACUCCCACCAUCCUAUGUACCUGCUGUUUUCUCAAAAUUGAGUGAUCAAAUGACUUUCAUGGAGAGAGUGGAAAAUAUGAUAUAUGUGCUCUACUUUGACUUUCAGUUUGAAAGAGUCACUGAAAAGUGGACUCAGUUUUAUAGUGAAGUCCUGGGAAGACCUACUACAAUAUAUGAGAUAAUAGGGAAAGCUGAAAUAUGGCUCGUUCGAAACUAUUGGGAUUUUGAGUAUCCUCGCCCACUCUUACCAAAUUUUGAGUUUAUUGGAGGACUCCACUGCAAACCUGCCAAACCCCUACCUAAGGAAAUGGAAGAGUUUGCACAGAGCUCUGGAGAAAAUGGUAUUGUUGUGUUUUCUCUGGGCUCGAUGGUCAGUAACAUGCCAGAAGAGAGAGCCAAUGUGAUUGCAUCGGCCCUGGCCCAGAUUCCACAAAAGGUUCUAUGGAAAUUCGAUGGCAAGAAGCCAGAUGCCUUAGGGACAAACACUCGGUUGUAUAAAUGGCUCCCCCAAAAUGACCUCCUUGGUCAUCCCAAAACCAAGGCUUUUAUAACCCAUGGUGGCUCCAACGGCAUCUAUGAGGCAAUCUACCAUGGCGUCCCGAUGGUGGGCAUUCCCCUGUUUUUGGAUCAACCUGAUAACAUUGCUCAUAUGACACACAAGGGAGCAGCUGUUGCACUGGACUUACGAAAAAUGACAAGCACAGAUUUGCUGAAUGCAUUAAAGACUGUUAUUAAUGACCCCUCAUACAAAGAAAAUGCUAUGAAAUUAUCAAGGAUACAUCACGAUCGGCCAAUGAAGCCUCUGGAUCGAGCUGUCUUCUGGAUCGAGUUUGUCAUGCGUAAUAAGGGAGCCAAGCACCUGCGGCCAGCCUCCCAUCACCUCACCUGGGUCCAGUACCACUCAUUGGAUGUGAUCGGGUUCCUGCUGGCCUGUGUGGCAUCUGCUGUGUAUAUCACAGCAAAAUGUUUUCUGUUCUGUUGGCGGAAAGUGAUCAAAACCAGAAAGGACAAAAGAGAGUAG